UAGGCACUCCCGACCCCUCCUCCUCGCCGUCUCAGGCACUCUCUACCGUCGACAAGCCCUCCCCCGCACCCCCGCGACCGUCGACGACGUCCGCGCGACAGCGAACACCCCCCGCCGUCGAAUGGACGCCGCAGAGCACAACGAUCAGGACGCUAAUCAACAGCCAACUAGCAACGGCAGCACAAUGGCUGCAGCCGUACUCGCGUCGCCUAACAUCAACGGCACAGGUCCCCGCCCAUCCGCAGCAUCCGACUCUGGUGUCAACAAACGCUACCGCCCUGCUCCCGCAAAGACCUUCCAAUGUCGAGGCUACGGAGAUUGUCGGAUGGUCUUCAGUCGCAGCGAGCACCUCGCCCGUCAUAUUAGGAAACACACCGGCGAACGUCCCUUCAGCUGCCAUUGCGGGAAGCAGUUUUCUCGCCUAGACAACCUUCGCCAGCACGCGCAGACUGUCCAUGCUGAUAAGCAGGAGCAAAAUGAGCGUAUGAUGCGCGACUUGACGUCGCUGCACGCCAGUAUGGUGGCAGCCAGCAAGGCGGGUUCUCGGGGCCGCCGUGGCGCGAAGAAAUCUGCCCAGCAGCAGGACGCCGAUGGCGAGGCGGAUGAUGAUCGUGACGCCGAUGGCGACGCCGAUAUGGAGGACGCCGAUCCUUCCCUCAACCACGCGCACAUCAAGACCGAGCAGAUGCCGCACAGUUUGGGCCGUGGCCUCGGCGGUGGCGCUCGCCCGGAGACUAGCACCGGGUACGAGGGUAUGGACUUCAAUGCAAACGGGUUUCGCGGUCAAGACGCCUCCUUUCGGGGAGGCUCUCAUUCCUUUCGGGGCUUUCGUGAAUCGACAAGCUCGUCCUUUCUUGACUCAAGCCAGUCCUUUCAGGCCCGGACAGGGGAACAAUCCUUUCGAGGGGACUUCUUUCGCGACUCAUCCAGGGCGGGGCAUUCCUUUCGAGGCCAACCCAGCGACUUUCAAGGCCAACAACUCGAGUCGUUUCGUGGGCAACAAUUCGGCAGCUUUCGAUCCCAAUCCGGGGAAUUUCGCAGCCAGCAAUCCGGUGACUUUCGAUCCCAGCAGGAAUCAGUUCACGCCCUCUCCUCCUCAUGGAAUGCCAGUAGCCGACCUGGGACCUCAUCUCGGUCAACAACGGGGCCAGGCUUUCCCGGGUCCGGGUCCAAUGGAUUUCCCGGACGGCCAGCUACCUCUGGGCUUCCUUCCCUCUCAUCUCGGACAGUCUCAUCGACAGGCCUCUCAUCAUCCCUCUCUCGGCCAACAACAUCAGGCGGGCUACUCGCAGGGGAUGGACGGCCACCUACGAGCGGUGGACGGCCUACCGCACCAGGGUUUUUCGCGUCAGCAUCCUCAGGGGCGCGGCUUCCAGCCCUAUCGCGACCUACGACAGCGUCAGGGGCCCUCGCAGAGGCUAUCGCUACAGGACAACUUGCAGAUAGGCUCGCAGCAGACGGGUUACGCUCCCGGGACAGCGAACUUCUCAUCCGGGGAUCCGCAUCACGGCCAACAACGGCUGGCGGAACGGCGCUCCCUCCACUUGCGGCUGUCGUCUCCGCGAUCUCUGGGCAAUCUCCAGGCUCAGCGCCAGGGAGUGGCGUCGCCCUUCCGUCAAUCGGGGCUGUCACCGGGGCAGCAGGGGGCCUUCACCUCCCCGGGCCAUCCGGGCAUACACUCCCACCACUCGAUGGGCCAGGCGUCUCCGCAUCAGGGGGCGUUUCCGUCUCCGGGUCAUCAGCGGUCGCCCUUCCACCCCUCGUCGAUGGGGGAGACCGCACUCUCCCACUUCCCCUUCCCAGCGUUUCCCGACCCGGCACAGGAUAUGCGGGCUCACGGCCAGGGACAGGGUUCGCAGGAUAUGCGUCGCGCCCCUCCACAGCGCCAACCACCCUCUACUUCGCAGGACAGGGACUGGGCAUGGGAGCUCAAUCUGCCGGAUUCGGGGGCGAUGCCGCAGGGUACGGAGCUGGAUCAAAUGGCGACUCGGCAGGGUACGAGAGGGACGAUGAAGAGGGAGGACGAUUCAGCGCACUUGCCGGCCUCGACGACCCCUCGCCGUUCUCCUUCCACCCUCCAACAGAUGAGCGUGAGUCCCUCAGCCCAAGUGCAUCCCGCAAGUGUACCUUCGGCAGCCCAGAUGGGCCAGACGACGGGGCAACCGUCGUUAACCAACGGCACUUCGCCAACGUCGAGUCAGAAUCCCGCCCAGCUAGCAGACGGCUCUCCCUCAUGGAACUCUGCGACAACGAGCCAAGGCCCGGGACCAGCGGCGGCGUCCGGCCCGGCACAGGCCUCGGCGGCUCAGUCAGUCGACCGGGGACAAGCAGGCGUGUCUCCCCAGGCAGCGUCGGGCGCAUCUCUCCAGGUAACAACGGGCGCUCAGUUGUCCGACCCAACACAGGCAGCUUCGGGCUCAGUUCCCUCGCCCUCGACGACUACGAACGGGGCUCAAUCUCCCCCAACAACGAGUCCUCCGCACAGCGCCGUUUCUCCUCAGACGGAAGCUUCGCCAGAGACAGCCGCGGCCGGGCUAUCAGCGAGCACGUCUACAACGGCGGGGAGCCCAUCGACGUCGACGAGCCGUCUGCAAGAGGAUUCUCGCCGUCGCCAUUCGUCAGCGAAUCCCGUGAUGUCGGCGUACGCGCAGGAGCUCAUUCGGCAGCAGCAAGCGCAGAUGCAGAACGUCAUGUCGAAGCUUCGCGACGUCGGUUCCAGCCCUACGCCCGCGAGCGCGUCGAGCGCGCCGAGUCCGAGUUCGGCUUCGGGUCCAGUCGCCGAUCUACCGGUGCGCGCGAGCAGCUCUAUGGCAUCGACGCGGGCCGCUACGCUCUCCCGUCCCCCAGCUCGAACUCGAGCUUCACGGGGUCGAGCGGCGAGCGCCGGUACGGCGGACAUGUGGGAGACAGCGAACUUCCCUCCUCUUUCGGGCCCUCUAGGGCUGACGGUCACGGGCAAUUACUAUCCUGGGGCUCAGGCCGAGCGGCGUCGUCAGCAUCUCCCCCAGGCCGCGCCAUGGGACGAGCUCCGUCCUCUGACGACCGAACAACAGUAUCCUCCCCCGUCUCCGCAUAUUCAGCCGGGACUGCAGCAGACGUUCGAAUGGAAUCAGUUUCCCCCCGACUUUCCGGUCCAGGCGCCAGCUCAGGCUCCAGCCCCGUACAUGGGGGAGCAGCUGGGUAUGAUGCCAUUCGAGCCGUCGUUUCCCCCGCUCUCGCAGCAGCAGCAGCAGCCCGACGGACCUCUUCUCCCCGAUCCUCAAUUCAGGCAGGACGGGCGGGGGUACGGUCACCUCCCGCCGCUGCUUGAGGGGCAGGCGCGCGCCGACGAGAACUGGAUGAUGGAUCCGUAUCUCGCGAAUCAGCCAUGGUCGCGAGAACAGUGAAGAGACGUUAUCUCU